CUUCUAGUGAGCUUCAGUUCAAGCUCAUAACAUUUCCCCACUUACCCUCAUAAACAACCACCACCAACACCACCAAAAAUGGCCACUCCCACCACCGAACCACCGCCACAACCGCCACAACCAUCGUACCUACCACUCAACUCCAUUCCAUUCAUAGAUAUGACAACUCUAACCCAAUCAGAACUCCACUCUCUCUCCCUCAUUUCCUCUUCUUCCUCCUUAAACCCUAAUCAAACUGUUACUAACCCCCCAAUCACCGUCGACCGUACAAGCUUCAACGAAAGCGCCGGUUCCCGCCGCCAAACCUACUCCCGCCCAUCCUCCCAUCAACACCACCGCCAUCGCCUCGCUGGCCUUCUCCCCAAAACCCCAAACCCUAACCCAACCGAAAACCCUACUUCAAACGACACCGACCGCGUUGAAAAUCACGCCAUUAUCAAAUUCCUCAAACAGUUACUCUCCACACACUCUGAAUUUAGUCAAUUAGAUUUGGUUGACUUCGAUAGCUUUACUCAUUUAAACGACGCCAUUAAUUUCAACCGUAACCCUAAUGACAGUACAAAUGUUAAUUCUAAUAUUAAUUCUAAUUUUAAUUCGGAAAUUAGGACGCGGAAAAGAGGGAGAAAACCGAAGAUUAAAGUGAUAAGUAUUGAGGAGCAGGAGAGGGAGAUUGUGAACAAAAAUGGGGUUGUUAUUGAUUUGGUUAAAUUAGCGGGUUUCGCGGAGGAUCCUUAUAAAGAGGAGUUGAAGAGGAGGACUGAAGGGAUGGGUAGUGAAGAGGAAUUGUUAGAGUUUUUUCGGAAUUUAAAUGGGCAAUGGUGUAGUAGGAGAAGGAAGAGGAGAAUUGUUGAUGCUAAUGAUUUUGGUGAUUUUUUGCCAGUUGGUUGGAAGUUAUUGUUUGGACUUAAGAGAAAAGAAGGGAAAACUUGGGCUUAUUGCCGCAGAUAUUUAAGCCCUAGCGGGGAGCAAUUUUUGUCCUGUAAGGAAGUUUCUGCAUACCUGCAGUCAUUCUUUACACCUUUCAAUGCACAACAGGUGACGGGUCGCGCAAGUGACAAUAUUCCACAAGUACAUAGAGUAGCUUCUGAGAAUCAAGCGGGAUAUUACGGGAAAGAGGAAGAUCAGAGGCAUUCUGGUGAGAAUGAGAAGGCAGUUGCCCUGCUUGGAGUUGAGAAUUUGGAGUUGGCAGAGGUUCAAAUACAAGAUCUUUUCGAAUGCCACAAAUGCAACAUGACGUUUGAUGAAAAGGACACAUAUUUGCAGCACCUUUUGUCAUUUCACCAGAGGACUACUAGGAGAUUUAGACUGGGUUCUUCUGUUGGUGACGGUGUAAUAGUUAAAGAUGGAAAAUAUGAAUGCCAGUUUUGCCAUAAGGUAUUUCAUGAAAGACGUCGAUAUAAUGGUCAUGUAGGGAUACAUGUGAGGAAUUAUGUAAGGGGAAUUGAAGAAUCACCAAGUAGCAGGAUGGCUUUGCAGAAGAACAGUGAAUCUCCAACUGAAGAUGAAUUGCCUACUAGAAUUUCUAAAAUGGAUGCCUUGAUUGAAAUAGCUCAAAAUUCGAUUCGAGAAACAUCUUCUGAUCCUAAUGGUGAACCCAGUAGUGUAUUUACUUAUGAUAAGCAGACUGUGGAUCCUGAUCAAGAACCUCUGGCUUCAGUUUCUGAUCAUGAGCUGAAAUCUGAUUCUACUCUCAGCGAACCAGGCAUAGAAUAUGCAAUGAUUGAUGAAACUCAGGAAUUGGAGCUAUUUCAGCAAAAACCAGAUGAUAUUGUUAGUGAUGAAAAGACAGAGAAGCUCAAUGAUGCUGGAAAUAUUAUGAAUAUUAUGGUUGAUUCAUCUGCUAAAAAGAAACUCGGUGCUCCAUCGGACGCUUUUGGUGGAACAGAUUGUCCAUUAGUUUGCACAGAUGACAUCGGCCAGUCUGUCAUUGAGCAGGAAACAGGUUUUGCAUUCCACGGGUUUGAUCCAUUGAGCUAUCCAAAAGUUUGUACCACAGGUAGUAACAUGCUUUUGAUUGGCGAAGACGAAGAUUAUCAAGACAAGUGCAAGACUGAUGAAGUUGGUAAAACAAGGAGUAUUGAGAUAGAAUUCGGUUUUGGAAGCAACGACGACAUACAAGAUAUCGUCAUUGUGCAAAACACUGACCAUCAGUCUAUGAACGGAGAUGAACUUCAGCAUGACAUUACAGAAUCACCUGCAUCUCUAUUGCAAAUAUCUCAUGGUCUUUCAGCACGCAAUGUAGAAAAUGAUUUUAGUACAACGGACCAGAGGCAUGAUAGAAUAUCAGGAUUUGAGGAGUUGAGGUUGGAGGACAUUGAACAACUAAAAUUUAGUUUUGGGACUGGGCAAGAACCUAACUCUGAGGCAGAGGUGCCAUUAAAUUUGGAAAACAAUACAGAAAUGGCCGAGGCAUAUGGUGCCCUGGUUCAGUUUGAAUCGGAGGUUAUUGGAGAUACAGCUGAUGGACAGCAGCUUACUGUCUGUGUAUGGUGCGGAGUAGAGUUCAUCCACGAGGCUGUUGAUACUGAAAUACAGUCAAAUUCAGUUGGUUAUAUGUGUUCAACCUGCAAGGCAAGAAUUUCUGGGCAACUAAACGCAUUUGGUGGUAAUUGCUCAUGAAGCCUUUUUAGCAGAUAUUGGGGACGAGGUAUGUGUAUGUGUCAGCUAAGUUGGGGGACUGAAAAUUUGCAGCAAGAAGUUGGUCAGUGUAUCUUAAGUUAUCUGUAUAUAUAUGUACUGAAGUAGAUAUUUGUAUCUGGUAUCUGCCCAUUUUUGUCUCCUUAAAUACCGAUUAUGAAGACCAUCGGGAUGUGUGCAAUGAUGUAUCAUAAUAUGUUGUCUGCAAAUGAGAUGAAGUAGAUACGGAGUAGUCUUUGGCCCUUGUUGGCUUACUUCUGAAAUAGGGAUUGUAUUUGAGGAAUCAUCAUAUGUAGCUCUUACAUUAAAAUCCCUUAUACCCUCCAUUGAUUCAGUAUAUUUUAUACAUAAA